CGCACAUUGUCUGCGACACAGGGCCCCGCUUUGCUUCGCCACGAAGACAAAGACCAGUGAUCGCCUGCCUGCAUAACUCGCAUAUUCCCUCGACCAUCCCCAAUCAACUCUCGCCUUGUCGGCUCCGAAACAUUCCCUGCACUCGCAUCAAUAGCACCUCGCCCCCAGCAGCAACCUGCAGUGAAAACCCACUUUCAGAAAUAUCGAACGACUGCCCACCUACGCUACCUCGAUUCGCACAGCGACAUCAACAGCUUACUGCAACCAUGUCCCAAAAGCGCGACGAACCCCCGGCCUACAACAGCCCCCCGCCGCCGCAACCCCCGCAGCCGGCCUACUACUCCCAGCCGGGCCCGUACGGCCCUCACCACCAGGGCCCCGGCGACGCCUACUACCAGCAACAGCCGCAGAUGGGCUAUCAGCAGCAGCAGCAGGGGAAAUACUACGCCUCAGCGCCCGGCGGGCCGUAUCCGCAGUAUCAGCAGUAUCCGCCGCAGCAGGGGUACUACUACCCGCAGGGCCAGUACGCAGACCAGCAGCGGGGCGGCCCGGGCUUCCUCGAGGCAUGUCUCGCCGGCCUGGCGUGCUGUUGCUGCCUGGACCUGCUGCUCUAGAAAGUUGAAAGACCGAGACGGGCAAGCGUAUCGGGGUGGUGGUGGAGGACGAACGCGCUGCGGCCGGGGCUGGUUUCCCGCGGCGGCGGCGAAGAGGAGGGAAGGCCGUUCUGUCUGUCGUGCUCCGUGGCGGUCGGCCGACACGGUCGUAUGUCCGGAAACGAGCGGGAGGAAGGAUAUGUGUGCCUGGGCUGUUGGGGAUGCCGAGCUGUGCUUGGCUUGCUGAGUGGACGAGCGCGGCGGUCCCGGCUCGGCGCUUCGACAGUGGGGAGGAACAGGAGACACUCGCUCACUCGGGUGGCUGAUGCAUUCCGGGCUGGACUCGCGACGAUGGGCGCAGGACGGCGGGCAUGGAAUUUCCGGGCGUACGGAGGAGGUUCACGGUAACGGCAUUUCCUAUCGCUAUGCCUCACGUUGUACAUGAACUGUUGUACUUGGUUUAGGUAGAACUUGUGUAAUUUAUGCAGGUACUGAUGUUUGGGUACCUGCGUUGUCUAAAUUU